AGCACCACCAACAGCUCUUCCAUCUCACUGCAACAUCGCAUCGACAGUCUACAGCAUUUGUCGAUCAAACACUGCUCAUCAAGCUUAGUUGUAGUUCGUCACUACUGUAACUUGGUCAGCUCUCAUCGUCCAGAAAACAAGAGGUGGCGGAACGGAAGGAACACAUACACAAGAUAGAAGCUUUUGGUCGCUGCAACAAUAUAAUGGAGAUGGUGCUCGACAACAGCGCUCCGGGCGUCGUCGCGGCCGGGCAGUCGUACCGCGGCGUGAGGAAGAGGAAGUGGGGAAAGUGGGUGUCGGAGAUAAGAGAGCCGGGCAAGAAGACGCGCAUCUGGCUGGGCAGCUUCGAGUCUCCGGAGAUGGCCGCGGUGGCGCACGACGUGGCGGCGCUGCGCCUGCGCGGGCGCGAGGCGCGGCUCAACUUCCCGGGCCUGGUCCACCGCUUCCGCCGCCCGGCCACCGCCGAGCCCGACGACGUCCGCGCCGCCGCGCUGGAGGCCGCGGCCCAGGUCCGGUUCAGGCCCGACCUCGUCGCAAUGCAGGCCUCCGGCGGGGAGGGCGGCUGCUGCUUCGGCGGCGCCGGCGGCAGCGACGACACCGGCAGCCCGGAGCCGCUGGCUGCAGGCGAGGACGAUGUGGCGUGGGACGUCUUGCUCGGGACCGACGUGGAGGUGGUGGAGUCGCCCAAGAUGUGGGAUGAGCUGGCCGAGGCCAUGCUCGUGGCCCCGCCAGCGUGGGAGGGCGAUAUGGAGGACACUGACGACUGGGCCCAGGGUAAUCUCUGGGACCUACCUGUCUGGGCCCUGGGCCCCACCGGCAGAUGCAGCUUCACAUCCUUUGGUUUUUAGAGGUGUGAACUGAAAACCCAUCGGUUUAAUCAAUCUUCUUCUUAAAACCAUAUAUAUAUAUAGGUCAAUGAGGUAUUCUAUUCUAGAGAGCAUAAUCGAUCAUGGUUAAGAAUGUUCUAAUGAUCCUUCGAUUUUCUUUGGUUUCUGAACGUCUAUGGGUCCCGUCUGUCAGUGUGUGCAGACUUGGUAGCUAGCAAAUAAGGUCUAGCUAGCUAGCUAGCACGUGCAAUUCACGUGGGUAAAAAAACAACAACAAGCAGGAUGUAAUUCUUUCUGUUUCCCUCUCAUCUCAUGGAUGAGAAGUUGAAAUGCAUCUGCUGCUCUAAA